CAUUCAUGCACAGUUUCUUUCUCUCACCGCAAAUCAUUGCGUUUUGACAGGAACCGCACUGAUAAAAAGAUCAUACGGAAAUUUUAAAGAAAUGACAAAAUUGUAAAAGACGAUAGUCCAGGACUCAAAACUUAUCAGUCAGACUUAUAAUGGAUGAAACAGCAGUACCCCCUUCUCCUUCAUUUUCCUACUCAAACUGGAUCUCUAACGUCAAGAAAUCGACAAAAGAAGCUUACGAGUCAAAGCCCCUUUCACACUGGACUCUCCUGAUCCUCAGUGGAUCCUCAAUGCUCACAGCCUUCCCAGCCUCUAGUCUCCUCUCUCGUCUCUACUUCUCAAACGGCGGCAAAAGCAAAUGGAUCAUCUCUUGGGUCGCUGUCGCUGGAUGGCCAAUCACUUGUCUCAUCCUACUCCCUACUUACAUCUUCCUCAAGACAAAACCAACACCUCUCAACAACACAAAGCUUCUUCUCUCCUACACCCUCCUCGGUUUCUUGAGCGCUGCGGAUAACCUCAUGUACGCUUACGCCUACGCCUACCUCCCUGCGUCGACCUCUUCUCUCCUGGCCUCUUCCUCGCUUGCCUUCUCUGCUUUGUUCGGCUAUCUCAUCGUCAAAAACCCCAUGAACGCUUCUGUUAUCAACUCCAUUGUGAUCAUCACAGGCGCCAUGGCUAUCAUAGCGCUGGACUCGAGCUCUGAUCGGUAUGAUUACGUCACCAACAGACAAUACUUUGCAGGUUUCUUUUGGGACAUAAUGGGAUCUGCACUCCACGGUCUCAUUUUCGCCUUAUCCGAGCUUGUCUUCGUUAAACUUCUCGGGAGGAGGUUCUUCCAUGUAGCUUUGGAGCAGCAGGUCAUGGUCUCCCUCGUUGCUUUCGCCUUCACCACUCUAGGGAUGGUGCUGAGCAGAGACUUCCAAGGGAUGGCUCAGGAGGCUAAGAGUUUCAAAGGCGGCGAGUCUCAGUACGUUCAGGUUCUUGUCUGGAGCGCAGUCACGUUUCAGUUAGGAGUUCUCGGAGCCACCGCUGUUUUGUUUCUAGCGUCUACGGUCAUGGCCGGAGUGCUUAAUGCUGUGAGAGUUCCCAUCACAAGCGUAGCUGCUGUUGUAUUGAUGAAUGAUCCCAUGAGUGGCUUCAAGAUUCUGUCUCUGGUCUUGACUUUCUGGGGAUUCAGCUCUUACAUCUAUGGUAGCUCCUCAAGCUCAAGUACUCAAGCUUCCUCUUCUUCCUAAUUUGCAAUUCUUUUUUUCCUCUGUUUCUAUUUCAUUAAUACAGAUUCAUGAUCUCAUUGUAAGCACAAGUUUUAUGUGAAUCAAGAAGUU